CACUCCUCUGAGGCGGUUGCUAUGACACCCUACCCAGUACGAACUUUGACUCCUGUCAUCCGCAACUUUCUCAACAUGGCGCUGUCCAUGGUCUGCUGCUGCAUUUCAUUGCAGUACGGAAUAAUGAGGUCAAGAAUUCGUGCUCCCAUUUCCGUUCCUUUCUUGCAUUUAGUGAGGGUAAACAAACCCCACUUGUGUAGCAUGUCAUCAAAACCUCAGGGCAGAGGCUUCACUUCAUUGAUUACAUCAAAACUCAAAUAUAUCAGCCUCCAGUAUGAAACAUUUUUAAAGAGAAGAUUUCCACGAUUUUAUGUGUUGCACACUACUUUUAUGAAAGGGGUUCGGUCAUUGUUUCUUGAUGCAAAAGAAGUAAAGCGAAUAAAAAUUAUGAUGGCCGAACAGAAUUUGAACCUAGAGCAGCUUCCUUACAGGGAUAUGGAGAAACUAAGACAGUUCCGCAGGGAUAUCAUUAAAGCUACUCCAUUAGUUUUGAUUUCUAUCCCUCCUUUUGCAAACUACCUGGUCUUUGUGUUGAUGUAUCUGUUUCCAAGGCAAUUCCUAAUAAGGCACUUCUGGACUCCUGCACAGCACAAAGAUUUCAUGGCAAUAUACCAUAGAAUGCGGGCUCAGGUCUAUCCAGAAAUAGUGAGUUGUUUGCAGAAAGUUGCACCCACAUUACAGGACAGACACCUUGAGAGACAGUUGAGUCACUUAUGCACAAAGGUUCAGAUGGGUGUACAUCCAGAAAUGUCAGAGCUGCAGGCUGUAAGGACACUGUUUUCGGGGCCUCCACUGGGAAUGAGACGACUUGAGACUCAGCAUAUGAAAAAUCUGAGUCGAGUGUUUCUUCUGACACCUCAUCUGCCAUCUUUCCUUUUACUCAGACGUCUCCAGAGCCACACAGCAGAGCUGCAGCACUUGGACCAUGCUCUCUCACGGUUAGGGGUGCAGAAUCUGUCAGAGGAAGAACUACGAUCAGCUUGUUAUGUCAGAGGACUGGACUCCACCCACAUUGAUGCAACAGAAUGUAGAAACUGGCUCAAGCAGUGGCUUCAGCUCUCAACAGUAUUAAAAGACUCUGAGGCCUCUCUGUUAUUGCACAGUAUGGUAUUACUUUCAACAAAUUACCUCCGGUCUGCCAAAGAGUGAUUCAGGGAGUAUCUUGAAAGGGACAUGCUCAAAUAACAUUCCUGUGGUUAAGUCAAAGGGGUAAAGAACUGCUAUGUGAAAGACAUUUGAAACGCUGGAAUGCCAACCAGUUAUAGCUGUGCAAGCCUGUAUGUUACACCAAACACAUUUUUGAAGAAUUGGAAGAAGUCGGUCUAUGAGCUUGUAGAACAGGUCACCUCAUUGUUUUUGUUUAUAAAGCUACAAGAAAACUGUGGAAGUUUAUUUUCAGCAGCUUUAAGGGACAAAAUUAAUGACUAAGCAAUGUGCUGAUAGCAAAAGGCACUUGGGUCCUGCAGGCAGUUGCCACUGCCAUGCAGUAGUCCGGGGUACAGUGACCUUGUCUGAAGUACAAGAGAAGACUCGAGUCCUUGUUUUCAUAAGGAGGAAAAUACAGGUUUCACUUGUCUGUCUUUCAAGUCUGAGAUGCUGGGAGAAACUAAACAUCUUGUGGUACAAUUAGAAAUAUCUUUGAUGACCAUAGGUACCUGCUGAUACAGUUUUUGUGUGCCAAGUUUCAUUAGCUUGACAACUUAACUUGCUCUAUCUUUGUUCAUUACACUGUGUCACAAAAUCUGAAAUGGAAUUCUAGCACUUUGAUUACUAACAAGUGGGAACACAUUAAUGGAAAAAUGCACUUCCAGUUCUACAGUUUUAAGCACAUGAGAUGUUAUACAGGUCUUUUUAAAAAAACGCUGCAGUUAUUUAAAAGUUAAAAACUUUAUUGUGUAAUUGUCUGUUUCUUACUGAAGAUAAAAAGCAUAAGGAAAAACCCUGAAACAAAAUCUGCAUUAUCACUAGCCUGCUUUUAUUUUUUCCUAUCCUUAACCUACUUGAAGGUCUAAAUUAAUCCAGGAAUAAGUAAUGUAGAACUGCUUAGAGCCUCAAGUCUGACUGAGACCCACCCUGAACUUAAAAGUAGCAAUUUCCCCAUUUUUCUUUGUUAACUUCCAGUCUCUAGUGACAUCCUCAGAGCCUUUCCCAACCACAAUGUACCUGGAGCAUGUGAAGUGUAUUAUGUUGGAAUGGAGAGUGACCUUUCCUCACUAUAAAGGUACAUGAUCUCUCACUCCACAGGGAUAGAGAGAAGUGUUUCUUGGUGUUGGGAGUGUUUUCAUCUAUCCUACACUGGUCCUCUUUCCCAUCAUCUUUCAGCAUGAUGUGCUGUGAUAGGAAGUGGGAGUGGGUGAAUUUCUUUGGCUAUCCCUGCAAGUCUCUCUCUUGUAAAAGCUUGGCUUGCUGAACAGUGUUUUACUAGUGUCUGCUAAAGUUUCUUAGUAAACCUUUCUGAUUGUCAUUUGAUUCUCACCUUCCACUGUCUCUUUGAGCUUUCCUGGCUUGCUUUUUUUGCACUGGUUCCAUAUGUAAGUAAGAACUUCAUAGAUUCAUAGGUUCAUACUAGGCUAUCUGCCCUAGGGCAUUUAUAAGCCUAGCCAGAGUAUGUUUGGCUU